AUGAAAAUUGUCUCUUCUCCAGCCUUACAGAAACUGCGAGGCUGGGAAGACGUGGAGGAUGAGAUGGAAGAGCUUCACCUGGAGGACACCACCGAAGCAGCUGAGAAGAACAUGGAUGUCUUCAAGUUCAUGGAUUCCCAUGACCUACGUUGGCAUCUCACUUCCAUUGUCAUCUUGAUGGGUGGCCAGCAACUCUCUGGCAUCAAUGGAGCCCACCAUUACUCUAAAGACAUCUAUCUUUCGCUUGGCUUCGGAGAAGAGAAUACCCCGUAUGUCAGCAUGUUACUGACUGGGAUGCUCAUGUUCAUCAUUAUAUUUGCGCUGUGCGUUGUGGAGAUCAUAGGGCCACGAAGUCUCCUCCUUAUGGGUUUCGGGAUCUGUAGCGUUGCUUCCAUCCUCUUAGCCAUGUCCAUUGAGCUCCAGAAGACAAUCUCAUGGAUGGAUGAGCUGAGCGCCGCUUUCCUAACUCUCUUCUUCAUUGGGCAAUCCAUUGGCCCCGACCCCGUAACCAAUGUCCUCGUAUCAGAAUUGUUCCUUCAGUCAUCUCGAUCCACGGCCUUUGUGAUCACAGGAACCCUCCAUUGGCUGUGCAAAUUUCUGUUUACAUUAAUCUACCUUUUUGUAGGGACCCACGUCGAGCCCUACAGCUUCAUCGUCUUUUGGCCUAUGUGUAUUCUCAGCUUCAUCCUUCUGAACAAGAGGAUUCCAGACAUAAGGAAGAGGACCUUUCUGGACAUCAGGCGCAUAGUGGCGCUCCACGUGGCUCGGAGGAUCCUGAUGAAGUCCUUAGCUGUGCCAAACGAUUAAAGGAAA